CGCUUUCUCGUGCACGCCUGUUACAACAAAACCUCGUGAAUAUGGUGUUCACCCCUCCAUUAUGGGUGCCCCAGAUGCCUAUGGAUCCGCCCGACUCGAUCAGCAUCGCGGAGUUUAUGAGCAACGACAUAUACGGCCGAAAUCACGUUCAAGCUAAGGCUCGAAACCCAUUCACCUGCGGCUUGACAGGAAAAACGUAUACUGCGGCCGAAGUGGUUGAACGAGAACACUAUCUAGCUCGGGCGAUCUUCAAAAAUCUUAGUUUUGACCACGAGCAUUCCGAAUGGGACCGAGUGGUUGCGCUAUUCUCUUUGAAUACGAUCGAUUACAUACCUUUGACUCAUGCAGUUCAUCGCUUGUCUGGGAUUGUAGCGCCAGUAAACCCGGCCGCAUCAUCGUUGGAGCUGGAAUAUCAAAUCCAGUCAUCUAACGCUGUUGCCCUGUUCACAUGCGUUCCACUCCUGGAUGUUGCUCUCAAGGCUGCUAAGGCCGUUGGCAUGCCAAAUAACCGAAUUUUUGUCCUUCCUAUGCAAGCUGACGCGCAUAAUACCCCUUUCACGACUACGGACGAGCUGAUCACCGAGGGCAAGACGUUGCCGGCACUUCACCCAGAACGGUGGUCAAAGGGUCAGGGGACGAGACAGGUUGCUUUGUUAUGCUUCUCUAGUGGAACUUCUGGACUCCCAAAAGCUGUGAUGGUCACUCACUACAAUGUCAUUGCAAAUAUCAUACAACUCACCACAUACGAGAGCUUCUACCGAAAGCAGCACGGCAUCGAGUCCCAGACACUAUUGGGCUUGCUACCGUUCAGUCAUGCCUAUGGCCUCAUUGUCAUGGCUCAUGUCGCACCCUACCGCGGCGAUGAGGUUAUCGUUCUGCCCAAGUACAAGCUCGAGACGCUGUUAAUGGCGGUGCAACGGUUCCAAAUCAAACAGAUCAACAUUGCCCCGCCGAUUUUAAUUCAGAUGAUUGCCAAUCAUGAAACGUGCAGGAAAUUCGAUUUGAGAAGCAUCCGUUAUGUUUAUACCGGAGGUGCUCCUCUAGGCCAUGAGACGCUCAAUAAGCUCUCUGAACUGUAUCCGGAGUGGCAUGUUGGCCAGGUCUAUGGUAUGACGGAGACAGCGGUUGUCAUCACGUCGACCAGCGAGUCGGAUAUUUUCCCGGGAUCUGCAGGCUCUCUUCUUCCGUCUAUGAAAGCCAGAAUCGUGAGCAGCGCAGGAAAGGAAGUGAAGGAGUACGACACUCCUGGGGAGUUGGUAGUUCAAGGGCCUUCGCUUUGUCUUGGCUACCUGAACAAUGAGAAGGCCACCGCAGAGACGUUCGUUUGGGAUGAUGAAGGCCGGUGGAUUAAGACAGGAGACGAAGCUAUCGUGCGAAAAUCUCUGAAUAACCAUGAACAUUUCAUUAUCGUUGACAGAAUCAAGGAGCUCAUAAAAGUCAAGGGAAUGCAAGUCGCACCCGCGGAACUCGAGACACACCUUCUCACCCACCCAUUUGUCUCCAAUUGCGCUGUCAUCGAAGUCCCUCACGAAUCCUCUGGCGAAGUUCCUAAGGCGUUUGUUGUUAGGUCGAAGGAAUCGGUUGGAGAGUCCGAGCAAGAGAUGGCGAGGGUAAUCUGCGAAUACGUUCAACAGCACAAAGCACAUUAUAAGUGGUUGACUGGGGGAAUACAGUUCGUGGAGGAUAUUCCGAAGAGCUCAACGGGGAAAAUCAUUAGAAGAGCAUUGAGAGAACAGGAGAAGAAGGCAAGAAAGGCUAAUGAGGCAAACCUAUAGGAGUUCAUAUUUUUUUGAUUUUAUUUGAUUUAUUUUGAUUUAUUGUUUUUUUUUUAUCAAAGUCUUAUUUAUGUCCUAUUUUUAUUUUCCAUU